ACUCUUUUGUCAUCUAGUUAAUUCACUAGUCAAUACCAUGGAUGCUCUUUGUGAUGAGCAUCCGGAGCUCUUCGAUUGGUGUGAUACACUUUACGAUCUCUAUCAAAGGAAGUUAUGGCAUGAACUCACUUUCUAUCUCCAACGCUUCAUCUUUCUCCCCGUUUUUCAGAUUUGGUUGAAGUUUGGUCAAGAGAUUAGGCGUUUGUUUUUCAGGUUCUCAUUUACUUCUGCAGUAAAAAAAUUGGGUUUUUUAGAAGCAGUAAACACAAGUCUUUCGUUUAUUUCAGACAGAUUGUUGCUACAAUCUCUAAUUGGAAAGAUGAUGCGAUUAACUAUCUUAAAGGGAUUAUUGAGAAGCUUCAAUCUUCAAACCAGACGCAUAUAGACGGGCCAAUCCUGUUUAAGUCAUUAGAAACAGGAACACCUGAGUUUGUUGCACUUUAAGUCAUCUCAUACAUACAUGAUUUUUAUAUUGCGCCAU